AUGAGGCUAAAUUCAUGUAUUUUUAUUGUUAUAACAUGUGCCUUGUUAGCCAACAAUACGAAUGCUCAUAAAGAUGAUUUGGUUGAACCUAUUGAUAAACCUUUCGUAGAAAAGUAUAAAUCCAAAGAAUUAGAUUUCUUAACCUUUGGUGAUUGGAGUUAUGCGAAGGUUGAAGAAGGACAAGAGGUUGGAAAUCAAACCAAAGUUGCUAAUGUUAUGAUGAAAUGGGGUGAAUCUUAUCAUAGUGAUUUUGUUUUAAGCGUUGGCGGUAAUUUUGAUGAAGAUCACGAAGGAGUUUUAAGUGUGCAUGAUGAAAAAUGGAAUACCACCUGGAAAGAUGUAUAUAAAGGCAGAUUAGCCGAGAUUCCUUGGUACAUUAUAGGUGGAAAUCAUGAUUGGUACGGCAAUAUCACGGCUCAGAUUGAUUAUAGCUUGAAUAAUGAUUCUCGUUUCUUCUUCCCAUCAACGUUUUAUGUUCGUGAAUCGUACUUUGGGGGAUCACAUGAAACAAAAGUCGCAUGGAUCCAUAUCGAUACGGAUAUUUUCUAUUAUGAUCCAAAGGAACUAAAUGACACAGAAAGGUUGCAUAUGAAGCAAAAUUUUGAAAAGUUUGGAUGGGAUAAUAUGCAAACAAUCGAAGAUAAAUUAAAAUGGAUUGAAGAUAAAUUAAUUGAACAACGGAAAACCAAAUGGAUUUUCGUCGUUGGACAUCAUCCUCUUAUUGGUAAAUGCCUAGAUCAUUAUCAGAUGAAAAAGCUGAGAUCGCUUUUUGAAAAAUAUCGCGUAGCUGCUUAUUUCGCAGGUCAUAAUCAUGUUUUAGAAUUGGAAACAACGAAGUUCAAUCAACCUGUUACAUAUUUCAUCUCAGGAGCUGGCAGUAGAACGGAUGUGGGGUGUGAAGGAAAGGAUUGGGGCAUGCCAGAAGGUACAUUGGGAUUCUUACAUUCCGUUUUAAGAGAUGAUGAAAUGCUUUAUGAAUUUAUUGACACUACAACUCAAGACUUUAAAGUAGUUUACCAAGGAACGGUUUUACCUAGACUUAUGUAA